AUGAAUGGUUUAUCCUUCUCGGAGAUCUGCUGCUUAUUUUGCUGCCCUCCAUGUCCUUCGAAAAUCGCAGCGAAGUUGGCAUUCUUGCCGCCCGAACCGACAUACAGUGUCACGACUCAUGAAGAUGGCAACUUUUCACUUCACCUCACCGAGCGCGCAGAAUGGCAGUUUAGCCAGAACGAACUGGACAACAUAGAAGUUUUUAAAACGAAAUCAAAGCAGGGGAAUAAUAUCUGUUGUAUGUAUGUAAAAACGUCGCCUAGCGCCCGAUUUACCUUGCUUUUUAGCCACGGAAAUGCGGUCGACCUAGGUCAAAUGUCUAGUUUCUACAUUGGGCUUGGUCAAAGAAUAAACUGUAAUAUUCUAUCAUACGAUUAUUCUGGAUACGGGGAGAGUAGUGGCAGCCCUUCAGAAGGUAAUCUGUAUGCAGAUAUAGAAGCUGCUUGGCAAGCUGCUAGGUUGAAAUAUAACCUUAGUCCUGAAAGUAUUGUCCUUUAUGGGCAAAGUAUUGGGACGGUACCUACUAUUGAUCUAGCAUCCAAGUUUGAGUGUGCAGCAGUUAUCUUGCAUUCACCGCUAACUUCAGGAAUGCGUGUUGCAUUUCCCGAUACUAAACGGACAUGGUGCUGUGAUGCUUUUCCCAGGUAAAUAUCAUUUGAUAUUAUACCCAUCUUUGUUAUAGUAACAAUACAGGAUAACAUGAUAUUCCCUUAUUUAUAUACACCCAGUAUUUAUAGUAUAUGCAUAUUUAAUAAGUUGCAAAAUAUCUAAUAUAAUGAGAUGUUAGGAUUUUGGAUUUAUGAUAUAAAUGUAUGAUCCAAUUGAUCCCUAAUUGUUACUUUCUAUCUGAUGCCUUUUGAUACUUGCAUGUUGUCAUUUGUAAGACUGAGUACAACAACACCCAACACUUUUUUCCUUGAGCAGUAAAAUAGGGUUAUGUCGUUGUGUUGCGGGUCAUAACUAUGUAUAUUUAUAAUAAUUAUGCAUGCAUAUAUUAUACAGUUCCCAGGGUUCGUAGCGUUCUUGCCGUUCCUGGUGUUCUUGCCGUUCCUGGCAUUUGAGUCAUUCCAGAGAACGUCCACACCACCCCCAGGUCACAGAGGAAUUUGCAAGUUAAGCCCCCCUACCACCUUUGGAUCCCCUAGUACAUUUACUACUAUUAGAAGUAGAUUUCGUCCAUAGGGGGAAAUGGGGAUCCUUUCUUGAAUAACUCAUUGCAAAAUAACAAAGUAGGGCAUAUUUGGUGCAUCUCAAUCACAGGCAGAUAGACAGGUUAACCCAUGAAAACCCAAAGACCUGUUUACACUCGCAAUUUUUGCUGUGAUUUCCAGUGCGAUUUUCCUCUUCUGAUAAAUGUGAAUGAGUGGAUGAAUUAUGAAUGUUCAGAUGCGGGAACAUAUACUCAGAACAUUAAAAACUUAUCCACUCGUAUACAUGCACCAGAAGAAGAAAAUCGCAGCAAAAAUUGCGAGUGUAAACGGACCUUAACAAUUUACUCUUCUGGAAUGUAAAUUCAUCUGCCAUUAGACAGAGUGACUGGAAAUAAUGAGAGUAUGUUACAUGUAAUGUGUUAAUUUCUUUCCCUUGUGUUUGUAGCAUUGAAAAAGUCUCGAAGAUCGUCUCACCCGUAUUAGUUAUACAUGGCACAGAAGAUGAGGUUAUUGACUUUUCACAUGGUCUAGCCAUUUACGAAAGAUGUCCUCGUAAGGUCGACCCGCUGUGGGUAGAAGGUGCCGGACAUAACGACGUGGAGUUAUAUGGACAGUAUUUAGAACGCCUUAAGAAAUUUUUGCAACAGGAAAUAGUGAAUUAG